AUCGGUCUUAUUUGCGUGUUUUCUUUUUAUAUUCUCUAGAGUGGUUACGAUUUCUUCAUUGUUUGCAACUUGUAGGGAAGAGAGGGGAGACAGGGAAGAGAGAGGGGAAACCCUAGAUUCCAUUUGCUCCGUCUCUCGAAUCGAAGGCGAUGGUGUUCUACUUCAAGGCCCGACCAGAUGCUGGCGACUACACCAUCUUCAUGGGGCUUGAUAAGUUCGAGAACGAGGAGCUCAUCAAGUACGGCUUCCCUGAAGACGUCUGGUUUCACGUUGACAAAAUGUCCUCAGCUCACGUUUACCUAAGGCUUCAUAAAGGCCAGGGUUUUGAUGACAUUAAUGAAGGUGUGCUGGAGGACUGUGCUCAGCUUGUGAAAGCCAACUCCAUUCAAGGCAACAAGGUGAACAACGUCGAUGUUGUGUACACUCCGUGGUCCAACUUGAAGAAAACCGCCUCCAUGGAUGUUGGUCAAGUUGGUUUCCACAAUUCAAAGAUGGUCCGGACUAUCAGAGUGGAGAAACGAGUCAACGAUAUAAUUAACAGGUUGAACAAAACAAAGGUUGAGAGAACCCCUGAUCUGAGAGCCGAGAGGGAAGCAGUGAAUGCUGCAGAGAGAGCUGAGAGGAAGCAACAUCUGAGGGAGAAGAAGAAACGUGAAGAGAUAGAGAGGCUGGAGAAGGAGAGGCAAGCAGAGAUGAGGAGCUACAAGGGAUUGAUGGUAACUGAUAAAAUGACAUCCAACAAAGACAUUGCUUCAAGCAACAAAUCUCUUCAAGAACUCGAAGACGAUUUCAUGUAAAACUCUGAUUUGGUUCUUUGACUCUUUUCGCCCCAUUGAAAUGUUUCAGAGGAUUGAAUCUGAGUUGGUGAGAAAAAACAGAGAGCAUUUGCACAGGUGAGCCAGUGAUCUUGUGCGAUCAUGGUUUACUCUGCCUUGCUGUGUUUGUUGAAAAUCAUUUUACUACCCUUUAUAUUUUAACUUUUUACA